GAGUUGGUUCAGCGAUGGUCGACCAAGGGGAUCCACGUGGAUGGGUCUAGGUGUCGACGACGAAUGUGGGGCAGGGGGUUUGAGCGCCGGUCAGGAUGGGAGGGUGGCUGGCUAAGGUGGUUUUUUUUUUUCAAUAAUUAAUUAAAUAAUUUUAAAAGAAAACUAAUUAGAAGUUGCCACGUGGCAUAUUUAGGCUUAAUGAUUAACGGAGUUAACCGCCGUUAGUCAUUAGAUUAAGGGCAUUUGGUGACAUUUUUGUGAAACUUAGGUGUAUACAGUUAAUUCAAAAGUUUCAUGGGUAUAUGAUGAAUAAACAAUUAUUCAGGAGUAUAUGGUGAAAAAACCGUAGAAAUAAUGCAUGAGUCGUUGUAAAAGUUUGCUCUAUUACAUAAAUUUGAAGAAACCCGACCCAACUAAAACCAACUCUCUUUGACUUGGGACCACUUGAGAGUGAGGGAUAAUUUAAGUGGUUACAACUUUCCUCCUUAUUUCAAGUGAUUAUGGGAUCGAUUUUUAUCAUUCACCCUUAUGGCUCUGACUCUCUAAACAUGAAAAAAUCGACUUGGGAGUUGGGACCAAUUAAUUGCACCGAAAAGUGACAUGGCCCCGCCAUUUCCUGCUCAUUGGCUCGCUUAACUGCCCAUACUAUUACUCAGUCACUUUGGAUUCUUCUUCUAUUUGGCCAAUUAGGGGUACACCGUGCAAUCACUCAACUAUCUGUCAAAAUUCCAAAAUUACAGUUACAAACUCAAUCAAAAUCCUUAUCUUUUUUUGCCGCCAUCAUUCUCUGCAACUCAAACAAUCAAACCAUAAUCUCAAAACCCUAAAAUCCAACUCAAAUCAUCCGAAAUUCAAGGCGACAAUGUCUAGAAACGAAGAAGAUCCACAAAUCAGGGUUUUAUACGACCUCUGUUCUAUGAUUUUUCACAUUCUACGGUAUCCAACUCCGAUCACACUCCCUUUUCCGGCGACGCUCUCGCCGGAAAAUUCGUUAUCUUCAUCAUCAAUCCGUCGUAAUACGACGCCGUAUUACCCGACACAGAUAUCUCCGGCGUCGUUUGCUUGUUUGUUCUUGGGAAUUUCGCUGACUUUGAUGAUACUUGGAUCAGUGGCGUUUCUGAUUGGAUUUAUAUUGAUGCCAUGGAUUAUUGGACUUGUUUUGGUCUUCUAUUUUGCUGGGUUUCUCUCCAAUUUGUCUGAUUUUGGACGAUCUUUUCUUUGCUGGGCUUUAUCUCCCCAACAUGUUCCUGCUUGGAAACGCUUAUAGGGACGACGUGGGUUGUCAACUGUAGAGAGAACUUUUGGGUUGCUGAAAUGCAGUUGCUGUCUCUUGUCCUAGUAUAUUAGUGUUGUAACUUGUAAGAAUAUUUUUUCCCUUAAUGAAUACUAGAUGACUGGUUUUUGGAUUUUCAUACUCUUGCUAAAUAUAUGCAUUUGUGAUAAUUGGAUCAUUUAUAAAAUAUGUCAGAAACAGCUAUGUGUUGGGUCUGCUGGUAGUGUUUCCUUGACUAGUGUUUGAACA